AUGUUGCAUUCCAGUCCGAAAAGCCAUCGCAGCGGCGAGGUGCAUCCACUGCUCGAAACUCACUCCACUCCGCUCUCCCCGCAACAUUCCACCAGCAGUAGCUGUGUUAGUCGGUGGAGUUUGUUAGCCGUCGUCUCGACACUCUUGUUCAUGGCUGCGGUCUUUGGUGUCUUCAAGCCCAAUGUAUCAACUCUGCGAAGCGCCACGACAGUAGCCCCCGACGCCAAGUUUGACCUGUUCACGCCCAUUUUCAAUGCCGAAGCUCCACCGCAAAGUCUCUUCAACCACACUGAUGCCCAGAAGAACCUACUACCACCCAAGUUCUUGGCUCCCGGUCUCGUGGGAUCGCGUCCCAUUCCGACUAACGACUGGUGGGGCAACUUGAUUGGAGCUACUGUCGGCGAGGAAAACGUUGUCCACCCUGUGUGGACCAACCCAUACAGCGUGACGCCUUCCAUCUUCAUGGAGCCCUACGGUCUCACGAUGAACUACCCGUACACAACCCGUUUGUUCGGAGGCGGCUUGACUGGCAACGGUGACGCUGAGAUGUACUACCUCCACGGCCAAAUCCCUGAGUUCUCCUUCUCCGCGACGGAGUUCUCCAACUCGUCUCACCCAAUCUUCGAGGUUUUCGACUGGGACGACCUCACUGUGCAGCUCCGCUUCUUGUCUCGUGAAGACUCGUCGAAGAAGUUCGAGGCGACUCUGGCUAGUGGCAUGGCAUUCGUCACUGCUCGCUACUUCGGUCUCACUCCACGUUUCCAGACUUAUUACAACAUCUCAUCGAUCAACGGCCUGGACGCCACGGAGUCCGUCCACCUCCCUCUGACCAACGAUCGCUACGUGCUGCAGUUCAACAACGGAGCUACGUGGACGCUCUACUUCUCCAACGAAGUCACGCUGCGCUUCGACGGCCACUCUACGCUUGACAUGGAGAAGCCGUUCACAGGUAUCGCUCGUGUCGCUCUGAUCCCGGAUGCCUCUGCACAGGAGCAGACCAUCUUUGACCAAACGGCGAGCUGCGUCCUCAAUGGGGGUCGCGUUGAAGCCCACAACGAAGAUGCCUACGCCUACAAGUGGCAGACCAGCGGUGACUGCACCAAUGGAAUGUUGCACUACGCUCAGGUGCACCACAUUGACACUCUGGAUCGUAGAUACGCCACCGAAGCGGAAGGAGUGGCUGCUCACUCUACAACACGUGGACUGAUGCAGGGAGUUGUGACCACGAGCUCGCCACCCGAGUGGCGUAUGGUGGAAACGGUGGAAUUCCCGGUGGACUUCUAUCCGCCACGCAAGCCUGACUCGAGCGUAGUCGAAGCUUACGAAAUGAAGAAGAAUCUGAUCGCCGAUAUCAACUCGCAGUGGUCCAUCGCGUUGGGACAGAGCUACUACUUCAACGGCAAGGCUGCGCAAAAGUACGCAUCACUGUGUCUAAUGGCUGGAGACUCGUCCAUUGUGGGUCAAGACACCGAGUUGCUUACCCACUGCAUUACGAAGCUGGAAGGGUUAUUGACGCCAUUCCUUAACAAUACGUGGACCAACGCACUCAACUAUGAUACCAUCUACCGAGGUAUCGUGAGCUCGCAGGGCUUUACGCUCAACGACCCGAACGUCGACUUCGGCAACACCAUGUACAACGACCACCACUACCACUACGGCUACUGGGUCGUCACUGCUGCUAUCGUCAACAAACUGGACCCCACGUGGUCGGGGAUCCCUGCGAUGAACCGCAUGGCUGGAUUCAUGAUCCGCGACGUCGCAAACCCGUCGGAUGCGGACCCGUACUUCCCCAAGUUCCGCAGUCUUGACUGGUACCGUGGCCACUCGUACUCGCAUGGCAUCACGGCACUUGGAGACGGCAAGGACGAAGAGAGCACGUCUGAAGAUGUGAAUUUCUACUACGGCAUGACGCUGCUGGGCAAAGUCACUGGAGACAAACACCUCGAAACGGUCGGCAAGCUCAUGGUCAAGCUCAACGCUCGUGCCAUUCAGACGUACUUCCUGCUGGAAGACGGCAAUCGUGCCCACCCGGACCGCUACCGUGACAACAAGGUCAUGGGCAUUCUCUUCGACAACAAGGUCAACUACGCUACGUGGUUCAGUGGCGAGAAGUACGCGAUCCACGGCAUCCAGAUGCUCCCAGCUACAGCUGUGACUCAAUUCGUACGCACACGCGAGUUUGUCGAACAGGAAUGGGACCAGAUCUUGGCUCGUGAGCCCAUCGUCCAGAACGACGAGCAGACAAAUCCGUGGCUCUCGCUUCUCUACAUGAACUACGCCACUGUCAACAAGGAGUUUGCGCUUGAAAAGCUCCGCACUGUCACGAUGGAUGACGGACUGUCCCGCUCCUGGGCGAUGUACAUUGCAGCCACCCGGCCGUAA